CCGACAAUCAAGAUGCUGUCUCUUUCCAUUCCCAAGCUCGAAGAUGAUGAUCCUGACCUGAUCAUGGAGCGAAAAAUCUACGCCAUCCUAAAAGAAUAUCUUCAGCCCGACAGUACAACCGCGCCCGAAACAGCAGCAAAAGGAAUCGACCAAUUUCUCCCCGCAAAACGACCGGAUUUGGGGGUCAAAAUUGAGCCUGUUGGCGCUUUUCUUCCGAAUUUAUGGGAUCUCUUUAUGGAUAUUGCUAGGCAGAUUCCGUCUGAUCACGAGUCUCAGGAUCGUUUGGUGAAGUUGGUCGAUGCGUUGAGUCAAUUGCCAUCCACAGUUGAGAUUAUUUGGGGGGGUGAGGCUCGGGUAUGGGCAGACCUCCCUCUCAUUGGGGAAGAAAUGUUAGAAUUUUGUGACUCGCCGCUCUAUCGGGCGUCCCUCGGCAAUGACACAAUUCCAAGCCCCGAGAAAGCCACCGCAUACAUCAAUCUAACCUCUUACGCCGCUCGCCUCCUUGGCACCCAUGACAUGAUUUCCUGGUUCUGGAUGCCGAUCUACGAACUCCGCAUGGGUCUUGAAACUCAACUCUGGAGGGAAAUGCAUCCUCCCAGAUUGGACUGUUACGUAUCCCUUUAUGCAGAGUGGGUGCUGCAUAGCGGGGUCUGGGUGUUCCGAAAAUUUAGGGGGAAAAAUAGUGAAGGAGACGGAUUGAAGGGGCCGUUGUAUAAGGGAGUUUGUUACAGCGAAGAGAGGUGGGAGUAUUGGGAAAAAUGUUUGGCGGAUAUUCAUGAAAACGGCGAGGGAAAGGUGAAUGAGAAGACGACGAAAUUGGCCGGGAUGACUAAGGAGAGGAUGGAGGAUAUUAGGAAGAAUUAUGUUGAUGAGAGUGACGAUGAGGAAGAUGACAGUGAAUAAGAAGAGGAGAGCGAGGGGGGGGAAAAAGAAGAAAAUAAUGUGAAGGACGAAUGCGUAUAGGAAUAAUGCAUCUAUCGAAACCUACCCUUCCACGCUGAUUGUGAAUACCAAUCCAGUUGGUUUAAACCAUAGUCUUCUGAGAUAUUUACUGUCUGUCUCCCUUUCUGAUAAAUUAGAUGUUCG